AUGAGACCAGAGGAAAGGAAUCUGCGAUGUUCAUUCUGUGAUGAAAAGGGCCAACAUUACAGUGACAGCUGCCCCAGGUAUCGGUACGUGGAGACACGAAAGAAACGCAUUCGCUGCGUCAAAUGUCUGGACACUGACCACUCAAAGGAGCAAUGUGGACGAUCGGUGAGGAAUUGCGUCUAUUGUAAGGACGACUCACACAACAAGGCGCUAUGUACGCUUCCCGAGACCAUCGAGCAAAACGAAUGGGAGCUGAGGAAGCUUCGAAGGGAGUUAGACGCCCUAGAAGGAGAUAUG